AUGGGCGCUAUUCAAAAAGGAAUGCCCUUUAAGUGUUACCACGGCAAAACCAGAAGAGUCUACAAUGUCACCCAGCAUGCGGUGGACAUCAUUGUAAACAAGCAAGUUAAGGACAAAAUUCUGGCCAAGAGGAUCAGCGUGCAGAUUGAGGUCAUCAAGCACUCGAAGAGCAGAGACAGCUUCCUGAAGCGGGGAAGGAGAACAGUCAGGAAAAGGAGGCCAAGGAGAAGGAGCCCGAACCUGGUGAAGGAGAGCUGUCAGGAAAAGGAGGCCAAGGAGAAGGAGCCUGAACUGUCGGAGUCCACUACAUAUGAAUUCAUGGCCUAA